AUGGCACAAUAUUUUUUUCCCUCGGUUAAGCCAUUCGCAUCCUCCCCCACCAACGUCAUACCCGCGCAGUGGGGCGAAAACGAUGCACUCGAUGCUGCAUCAAUUUCUGGCGCUCCACUCGAUCUACAGGCGAGGACUGUAAGGAUUUAUAAACCUUCGAAGCCCGCCACUCAAUCUGGAAAUUGGAAUGGAAGGCAAAGGAGGAUGGAUUGGGACGCCCUCUCCAAAGGUCACAGAUGGGAGAACCCUUUGAUGGGGUGGCAGUCAAGUGGUGAUUCCAUGCAAGGAACACACAUUUUCUUCAAGUCUAGGAAGGAUGCUGUUGCGUUUGCUGAAAAACAAGGUUAUAAAUGGCUCAUCUAGGAGCCCAAUGAAAGGGCCUUCAGGGCUAAAACCUACUCUGCAAACUUCUUCGUAUGUUUCGCUGCUUCCGCCCUUGCAAUCACUAUUAAUGGUUCAAUUUAGCAUUCUCCUAAGGAGCUCAAGAUAAUCCGAACCAAAUAUACGCGACCCGUGGCUCAUUUCAUCCACCAGAACGCAUCACCAUUGCUCACAAUAGGAGUAGUAGGUGUGUAGAUUUGCACAUAGGUGGAUUCUUAGCAGCAUCUUAUACCGCGCUCAUUUGAUUCGUUGGUAGUCGUGCGUUUUGGUGCUUAUGAUCUUAUAUUUUCGGGAGUGGGGGUCACAAGAUGUUUUUCCG